CCCUGUCGUCCAGUGUUAUUGUUUUCCGCUGCGGAAGAAAUACAUAAUAUUUGAGAAACCUGCUUAAUAGAAGUCCACAAGGGCGAUAAUGAGUGAAUAUACACACGUCAAAUCCACCAAACUUGUCCUCAAAGGCUUAAAGGAUAAGACAAAGAGAAAGAAGCACAAAGAUAAGAAGAGGAAGAAGGAUGAUGCAGAAGAAAAGCUUGACAUUGUCGGCGGGUGGUGGGCAGUCAGUAAUUUUGGAGAAAUCACAGGAACAGUUGCCAUAGAGAUGCACGGCAGUUCCUACGUGCAUGCGCUGGACACGGGGCUCUUCACCGUGGGUGCGCCUCACAAAGAUGACGAAGGGCCCGACCCUCCAGAGCAGUUCACCGCCAUCAAGCUGUCCGACUCCAGGAUAGCCCUGAAGUCGGGCUACGGGAAAUACCUGGGGGUGAACUCGGAAGGCGUGGUGGUGGGCCGCUCGGACGCCAUUGGCUCCCGGGAACAGUGGGAGCCCGUGUUCCAGGACGGUAAAAUGGCCCUGCUGGCAGCCAACAGCUGUUUCAUCUCCUACAGCGACAGCGGGGACAUUGCCGCCAAGAGCAAAACAGCGGGGGACGAGGAGAUGGUGAAGAUCCGGACCUGCGCGGAGAGGGAAGCCAAGAAGACCGACGACAUUGCUGACGAGGACCGCGGGAACGUGAAGACCUGCGAGCUAAACUAUGUAAAAAAGUUCCAGAGCUUCCAGGACCGUAAGCUGAGAGUGAAUGAAGAUGACAGCUCAGUGUUGAAGAAGGCCAGGGUGGAGGGCAAGUUCCACGAAGCUCUGCUGGAUCGGAGAGCUAAGAUGAAAGCUGACAGAUACUGCAAGUGAGGAAAGUCUUGUAAGGGAAGACUUUGAAGUCCUGAAGCAUUUGAUAAUUUCAAACAGUACCGUGUCUAAAGUGUGCUUUUUUAUUAUUACUCUUAUUAAAAGUACAAUAUGAAGUUUUAGAA